UUUGGAUGUCAACGUGAAACAGUUUUAUGCUUUCAACACUGUUUUUUGCUUUCUAAUUCGAACUUUUCGAGUCUUAUCUUGGCACAGUUAUUUCACUGAGUAAAAAAUUCGUGUUGACGGCCCAGAGUCCGCGAAUUUCUCAGGUUUUCGAUUUGAAAAAGUAUUCCGAGGGAACAAAAACCACUGAAAGUUGGGUGUGACCAAGAUACACACAAAUAUUUGCAGAGAUUACUCAUUGUUUCAUUCAAUUCAAAAUCAGCGAAAUGACUGAACGUCACACUUUUGGAGGUACCGUAAACCCAAUCACCUGUCACGCUUGGAACAAGGAUCGCACCCAAAUUGCUAUCUCCCCAAACAAUAAUGAAGUGCAUAUUUAUAAACGAGAGGGAUCGGAUUGGAAACUGCUGGAUGUCUUGAAUCAACAUGAUCUACGUGUGAUGGGAAUCGAUUGGGCUCCCAACACAAAUCGGAUUGUGACUUGUGCGGUAGACCGGAAUGCAUAUGUUUGGAGUCAAGGAGAAGAUGGCAAGUGGAAGCCAACUUUGGUGCUGCUUAGAAUCAAUCGUGCUGCCACAUGCGUACGUUGGUCUCCCUUGGAGAAUAAGUUUGCCGUUGGUUCUGGAGCACGGUUAAUUUCUGUUUGCUAUUUUGAGUCUGAGAACGACUGGUGGGUUUCGAAACAUAUUAAGAAACCGAUUCGUUCGACUGUUACUUCCUUAGAUUGGCACCCGAAUAAUGUGCUACUGGUUGCUGGUUCAACCGAUUAUAAGGUGCGUGUAUUCUCUGCAUUUAUCAAAGAUAUCGAACAACAUCCGGAACCAACGGCUUGGGGUCCGAAAAAACCUUUGGGACAGAUGCUGGCUGAGUUUAAAAAUUCAACCAACGGUGGAGGGUGGGUACAUAGUGUCAGCUUUUCAGCUGAUGGAAAUCGUAUCUGCUGGGUUGGUCACGACAGCGCUAUUAACAUAGCAGAAGCUAACGGCGGAAAUGUCGCUAUUAAAUAUAAAACUGAGUAUCUUCCUUUUCUAUGCUGUGAGUGGAUAUCGGCUCAGUCUAUCUUAAUGGCUGGCCAUAGCUGUGUCCCAUUGAUUUAUACAUUUGAUGGAAAUAAGGUUGUAUUGUCGGCUAAGUUAGAUCAGUCUACAAAAAAAGAACAGGGAGGUAUUUCAGCUAUGCGCAUUUUUCAGUCGCUGGAUCGUAAUUCACGUACUGAAAAUUCCGAUACAAACCUUGAAUCCAUUCAUCAGAAUGCUAUAACCUGUGUUUGUAUUUAUUCCGGUAACAAGGGUAGUGCGCAACGGAUAAGUACUUCGGGUCUGGAUGGACAAUUGGUUAUCUGGGACAUCAACUCACUUACUCGUUCUAUGCAAGGUUUACGUCUGUAGUGAAAUCACAUUCUUGAUGCAAGGGUUACAAUAGAAAUACGUCUAGAAUAUGCAGCUCACUAAAGGGGAACAAAAUUAUUUGGCGUUUUCCAAUAAAACUUAAGCGAGUAAUGAUGAUUCCAUUUGUAACGCAUGCAUUUGUAAAACCAAGAUAAUUUCUUCAAUAAAUUCAUUAUUUACUUGA